AUUAACCACAUCUAACUCAUCUUCUCUCAAACAUUAACCCUAGUGCACCAUAACAACUACCACAAUACAUGUGGUAGUUGUAAAUAUAUGACUCUACCUUAGAUAAGGGAUGAAGUUGUAGUCUAACCACAGAAAGUAGUCUCAUUUGAGAAGACAAAACUAGUUGUAUUUGGAGUAGUAUACAGAAGUCUGGGUUCUGAAAUGCAGCAGACAGCUGAUCUAACUUCUCUGAGUCCUGCUCAACUGAGGCUGUUGAUCAGGCAGAAAGAUUCCAGAAUAAGCACCACAACUGGCUUAGCUUACGGUUAUCAGCAGGCUAAUGUUGUCGUCCUGCCCGGUCAUCUAGCUGAUGACUUUGAAGACUUCUGUCGCAGUAAUCCAGCGCCCUUGCCGCUCCUUUAUCGCAGCCAGUUUGGAGAGAUCUCCUGUCCACCUCUGGCUAGAUCUGCUGACAUAAGGACAGACAUCUCUCAGUACUGUGUGUAUGAGGAAGGCCGCCUGGUGAAAACUGUCUCCAGUCUACAGGAUUAUAGAAGUCAACCAAGGGCUGCACCAGAGCAGCAGGCUGUGCAUUAUGACCCAUGUUUAAACAUGGUGUCUUUCUACCUGGGCUGCAGUUUCGGCUUUGAAGGCAAACUGAAGAAGGCCGGAGUUCCUGUCAGGAAUGUAGAACAAGGCAAAAAUGUCAGCAUGUAUAGGACUGGAGUUAGCUGUAUUCCUGCUGGAAUAUUCAGCUGCCCUCUAGUGGUCACUAUGCGUCCUGUUCCAGUUGACAUGCUGGAUGCAGCAACCAGGGUUACUCAUCUCAACCCACUUGCACAUGGAGCCCCUAUACACAUAGGAGACCCAGCUCUCAUUGGUAUUGAGGACCUUUCUAGACCAGACUAUGGGGAGCAGGUGGACGUUCAGCCUGGUGAUGUGACGGUCUUCUGGGCCUGUGGCGUGACUGCUAUAGAGGCAAUACUCAGCAGCAAGCCUUCGUUGGCAUUCAGUCACUCACCAGGAUGUAUGUUCCUGACCGACAUCCCAGAUUCUCCUUCUUCCUCCAUAACUCCACCCUCCGAGAGCAUGGAUCCUCCAUGCACCAAAACCAAUCCUGAGCUUACUCCCCUCUGCUUCCAGGUAUCCCACAAACCCUUGUUGUACAGCGUGGUAUCUCAGGCGGCAGUGGCAAGGGUCAGAAAACUGGAGACGAUAAUUGGAGAGGACCCAGGUCAACGGGGGAUCAAAGCUUUAUUUGUUCAGGACGAACUUCUUCGCUCCUGUCUGGCCCUGUCCCACGCCUCCUCUGUUGCCAUAACAACUGGCUUCCCCACACACUAUAUGCACAGCCCUCCUGAUGAGACAGACGGCCCACCUGGAGCCAUCGCCAUGGCAACCAUGCUGCUGUCUCUAGGGAAACAGGUGACAAUGUUGACAGACAGGAGAGCCCUGGAGAUGAACCAGGCCAUUAUUGAUGAAGCAGUGAGGACAGGAGUGCUGAAAUCUGCAAUCCCAUUGGUAACUUUUGAAGACAGUGGCCCAGACUCUGCACUGCACUUCCUGUGUCACCAUGGAGACUCUAGCAAGCCCAGGUACGACCACCUUGUGGCAAUAGAGCGCAGUGGACGAGCUGGAGAUGGAAAUUAUUACAACAUGAGAGGAGUAAACAUCAAACAUCUGGUGGAUCCCAUUGAUAAUCUGUUUAUUGCUGCCAAGGAUAUUCCAGGAAUUAUGACUACAGGAAUCGGUGACGGUGGUAAUGAGCUGGGGAUGGGUAAACUGAAGGAGAGGGUGGAGAGCCUUAUGCCUAAUGGCAGUCUUAUAGCCUGUGAUGUCCCUGCUGACUAUGCCAUUACUGCUGGGGUGUCUAACUGGGGAGGAUAUGCUGUGGCCUGUGGGCUCUACCUCCUCUAUACAUGCCCUUCACACCAGCGGUACUUAAAGAAAGGAUUGGGGCCAGUGCGUGGGACCCCACAAGAGCAGCUGCAGGACUGGACUGCUAACCUGCCAUCUGUGGACAAGGAAGAGACUUUCCUUUCAACUCUGGUGAGUUUUGGAAUACGUAGUGGGAAAACUGGUCACCUGGCCAUGGAGGUGGAUGGCUUGACCUUUCACCCCACGCACUCUGACAUCAUCACCAGACUGCUGGGAGAAACACUUGGCUCCACCGUGCAAAAUGCUUGAUCACUUUCUGCCUGUUUGGAGUUUUAACCAAUCGGAUGUGAAAGCUAUUCAGGGACAUGGCCAAAACAAAAGUGCCAGAGGAAAUAAGAGAGAAUGAAUAGAGAGUAGUGUGUGGGUGAUUUCAGAUGCUUCCUUGGUUACCUUUCAGGCCUCUUCCUUGACUACUACUGACAAAGCAAAGUAGACUCAAAUAAAACCAACUCUCUCUUCUUUCUGUCCUCCCUCUUUCUGGCUCUAAGCUGCCCUAGAAAUGAAUAAAUAGUCUCUGAAAAAUAUACACUGCCAGUCAAAGGUUUGGACACACCUUCUCUUUCAGUCCAGUGAGAUGUGUACAAACCUUUGAGUGGUGGUGUAUUAAGAUUUCUAAAAACGUUUUGUAAUGGUUCAGGCGUCAUUGUGUUGUUUCUGGCAGACUAACCAGCAGAUCUGUGAACAAGUAUGAUGACAAUGAUUCUACAGAUUGUUUUAUCGUGGCCAAAGUACAUGUGUACUGUUUGUUGGAUGUGCUGUUUCCAAAUCUGCACAACUGUUGACACAGGUCCAGUAGGUUUCAAUACCAGAGAUGUGGAUUUGUCUUGAGUGAAUCAGUGUAACACCAAGCUGGCCACACCAAAGUUAAAUGCUUGGCUUGCCUUUGCCAUUAGCUUUCAAACUGAAAAGACAUGAUUAAUAUUCAGAGAAAAUCCAGCUCCAAAUUAGUUGAGAUUGAAGUUAUCAAAACAGUAAUCAUAGAACAUAGAAAGUCAGUGAACUUGCAACAGACUUGUUUUGUUCCAAGUAUUCUCAGAGUAACUGCACAUUGUACAUUCCACAUCAUGCAGCUGUCUGUCAUUGGUAGACCCUCUCAGACUCCUAAAUUUGGACUCCUUUCAAACAGUGCAUAACUAAGCCUUCUGUAAUGAAGUCUCAUGUCCCUAGAUAACCCUGACUGUAACAUCACUAUAACGUUAUUUUCUUAUAUGUUUGGGUGUGCAGUACUUCUUUUGAUCAAUUAAACUUCAUUCAUAAAUGUACCACAAUGCACGUCUAAAUUUGUAACAUGGAGUUAUUACACAUUAGUAUACUUGAUGAUCCUUUUCACUCUGCUGAUACUAAUGCAAACAAAGUCUAAGGCGUUGAAAAGCUACAUUUAUAUAUCACGUAGUUCAUAUACUGUGUAACUCAUCUGAUUAAGCCUGUGCCCUACAAACUGAGGCCGUAGACUUCACCUGCAGGUUGUCACCUCUCUCUGUCCCCAUUGCUUCAUGUCCCUCUCCACAGAAAACUAUCCAGUUGAGGCACAAAGACCAUUUGUUUAGCAUGAACAUUCGUUAACUUAACAAGGAACACAGUAGUUUGGUGUGAUGCUGAUGUUAUGGAGGUCCUUUGGGAUGCAGAAAGACUGUGGAUGAACUGAUGAAUUACACUAUGCUUAACAACUUGAACGUCCACUUAAAAUUGAUCUGAACAUGUGGCCUUGAUCUUCAGAUGUAUAAAUCUGACAAUGGGCUCUGCAUGGAAGAGCAAAAGAAACACUCUGGAGGCUUCUGUGCUACAACACUCCACCCCAAAUAUCAUUUCUUUGUCUGUUGUGGCAUCAGAGUUGCCUAUACAAAUACUUCAAAUGUGGCACACUUAGUGUGAAAUUAUGAGAAAGAAAGAGCAGAAUACUUAUUUGUCACUGUGUCUUUUCCUUAAAAGCAAAUAUUUUACUGUUCAAAAUAAGCAGCUGUAAUAUUGAGCCACUAUUGAAUAUUGUCAUGAAGAAUUUACAGUGAUGACUGUUUUUUAUGGAAUGGAAUGGAAGCUUAAUGCACAUUACUUGCCUCUCAGAAACACGCCAUGUGAUCAGACAUUCAACAAUUGUUCAACUGAUGGAGAUAUGAUUUAAAUAAAAUGUGAUGUCACAGUUAAA